AUGGGAUGGACUGCAUGCUUCCUGUUCCCAAUCUCCAAUCAGAAUAAAAGAGUUGGAGAAGCUCAGAAGGAGAGGCUUGACAUUUCAUCACAGAAACUUCAUUAUAAAAAACUUUUCAGUAUUGCUGAGCUAGCCGAGGAAGGUGGAGCAAACACAGAGACACAGCCUCCCAAAACUGUGGAAGGCCACAAUCACUCCGCUGCUAGACAGAAGCUAGAGGUGCAAUCAAAGCUGGAGAAAGGAUUGCAGAGUUAUAGACCGUGCAAACCCUGCGUGCAAGACAACAGACAGCCCUUAACGUCAAAGAGACCCUCUGAGGAGCAGAGCUCAUCUCCAAAGGCUGUGUCCAAUGUGGACAACUACAUACGGGAAGAUAGGGUUAGCAGACUAAGUAGAGAGGCCACGAGGUGUACAGUCAGUACAUUAGACUGUGCCAGUGGGCAAGACGUUGUACAGUCCUUGACUAACAGACAGAGCUGUGUACCCCUGAGGCUUUCGACAACAGGACAGGAUGAUGAUUUGGGAACUGCUGGCUGUCCGGACAGAUGUGCCCCCCUGCAGACAAGGGUCCGCAAAAGACUCCUACAAAGGCAAGUUAGCAUUGAAGAGGACUUCUUCAGUGCAGAAGCUCCAGAUGCCAGGUCCCUGUCAGUCUCAGAUGUUGCAAGUAGGGAUACACAAAAGCACACAGCUAAGAAGACCAAUAAUGGAAGGGACAUUGUCUGCACAGAAGAGAAGCAGGUUGCCUGGACAACUAAAUUAAAAACAAGUAACUCUAGUGUGCCACAUGCAGUUACAAUAUGUGUCCACAGGGACAAGGAAAGAUCACUGAUUUUAGGCAAUCCAUCGGGUUCUGGGCGCAUGUUGGAUAGAAUGGAUCAUCUGGGCCGAAGGACAUCUCAUGGUAGUGCCCAGAGAGGAAGGCCCAUACCUGUGCCAUCGAUCGAAAUCACAGUGGACAGUAACAGUGAAGGUGGCCGGUCCCGUUCAGGAAGUGAAGGGAACAUCUCUCCAGGGAGAGAUGACGUUUAUCAUCGUAAUGUCGUGGGUCGGAGAAAGUGGCCAGCUCAGCGCAGCAUGGCUUCCGAGAGCCGAUAUGCCAGGUCCUGUGCUCAGGAGCGCCUCUCCCCAGAGUCUGAGGGCGAUGUUUGCAGUGAGGAUGUCCUGCCCAGGAUUUUCGUCGCUCUUUUUGAUUAUGAUCCUUUAUCAAUGUCACCCAAUCCUGAUGCUGCUGAUGAAGAACUGCCCUUCAAAGAAGGUCAAAUAAUCAAGGUCCAUGGGUCGAAGGAUGUAGAUGGGUUCUACCAUGGGGAGAGGAAUGGCAGAGUGGGUCUGAUUCCGUGUAACAUGGUGUCGGAGAUCCAGGCUGAUGAUGAGGAGAUGGUGGAUGAGCUGGUGAAACGGGGUUACCUUCCCCUCAACACUCCUGUGGAGAAAAUUGGUAUUGCUCAUGGUCAACUUCAGACAGUGUGUCCUGACCGACUCUCUCUGCGUUGGGUAACCUCAGACAGUGUGUCCUGACCGACUCCCUCUGCAUUGGGUAACCUCAGACAGUGUGUCCUGACCGACUCCCUCUGCAUUGUCAACUUCAGACAGUGUGUCCUGAUCGACUCCCUCUGCAUUGGGUAACCUCAGACAGUGUGUCCUGACCGACUCCCUCUGCAUUGUUAACUUCAGACAGUGUGUCCUGACCAACUCCCUCUGCAUUGGGUAACCUCAGACAGUGUGUCCUGACCGACUCCCUCAGCAUUGGGUAACCUCAGACAGUGUGUCCUGACGGACUCCCUCUGCAUUGGGUAACCUCAGACAGUGUGUUCUGACCAACUCCCUCUGCAUUGUUAACCUUCAGACAGUGUGUCCUGACCAACUCCCUCUGCAUUGUUAACUUCAGACAGUGUGUCCUGACCAACUCCCUCUGCAUUGGGUAACCUCAGACAGUGUGUCCUGACGGACUCCCUCUGCAUUGUUAACCUCAGACAGUGUGUCCUGACCGACUCCCACUGCAUUGGGUAACCUCAGACAAUGUGUCCUGACCAACUCCCUCUGCUUUGGGUAACCUCAGACAGUGUGUCCUGACCAACUCCCUCUGCAUUGGGUAACCUCGGACAGUGUGUCCUGACCGACUCCCUCCGCAUUGGGUAACCUCAGACAGUAUGUCCUGACCGACUCCCUCUGCAUUGGG